CUCGUUUCCCCCCAUCAUCUUCCUUCCCAAGACCUAAAUUACCUGGUUACCCGAAUUCAGCGUUGCAGUCUCCCCUAUUUCAAUAUCAUUUCGACCCAUCAAAUUCAGAACCAGCCUUAAUAUAACCAAAGCUUCAACCCCAAAACCAUCAACGAAAACUAUGACUGCCCCCUCAUCACCUGUACUAUAAACUGUCCUCGAUCGACCUUCCUCACGCCCAUCAUUCUCUUAUACACGACUCUUUGGGAUACAACUCAGAAGGACAUAGUUUUGUCACUUUGUGACUUGGAAAUUUCAGUAUCCUAAUCAAAUCCUAUUUCUUUAUAAACCUCUUCCAUCUGGGAUUCAAGAAGGCUAGCUACUACACCAGUGUUUUGUCCAAGCACUACCCUCUCGAGUGACCAUGGAGAAGAUAGCAUCCGAUUUGAAGGCAUCGGAGACGAAGCAAAGGAGUCUAGGCAAGACGUACGAGUCAUUGCAUUCCCAAGCGUCUUCCAUGCUCGUUCUCUCCAUUCAAUGGAAGGAUCUCCAGGAACACUUUGAUUCGACCCGGAAUGCGAUCCGGACCUGUUUCGAAGAGCUUCGGGAGCGAGAGAAGAUGUUGGAAGCCAAGGAGUUAAAAUUCAAGUCGGAGAUGGAGUCCAAAACGGACGAGUUGUGUGGAGUUCAGAAGUUGGUUGAUGAGAAAGUGCAAGAGGUUAUAGAAUUAAAGAGAUCGAUUCAGAAGCAUAGCCAGGAGAUUGAACGUGAAGAGAAGAGAGUGAUGGAUGUACAGAAAUUGGUUGUAGACAAGGAGAGGGAGUGUGGUGUGGUGGAAAGAAGGAUUCAAGAGCGUACCAAGAAACUGAAUUGGGUUGAGAGAAGGAUUGAAGAGAAAUUGAAUGAGGUUGAGUCUAAGGAGAAGGAACUGAACAAGUACCGUGAGGAUAUUAAGGUGAAAAUGGAGCAGUUAGGUGUGAUUGAUGAGACCAUUGUGGAGGGUAAGGAAAAGAUCGAGUCAAAAGAAGAGGAAAUAAAAGCGGCUCAGAUGCUGUUAGAAGAAUGUGAGAGAAGAAUAAAAUCGAAAGAGGAGAAAUUGAGUUGGAUAGAGAAGAGUAUAGAAGACACUUCCAAGUUGGCCAACCUUAAGGAAGAGGAAGUGAGAGUGAUACAAGGAUCGUUGAAUGUAUAUCGCGAGAGUAUUAAGUCGAAAGAGGGUGAAUUAGAUGCGAUUCUUGAGUCAAUUGAAGGGAAGAAGAGAGAAUUUGAUGUGAAAGAAGAGCAAAUCAAAACGUUGCAGAGAUUGAUUGAAGGAUGUGAGAAAGAGCUCAAAUCGAAAGAGGAGAAAUUGAAAGAGGAGACGCUCAAAGUGAAAGAGUAUAGCUUGCGAAAUCGACCAAUGGAGGAGUGGUCCUGCAAGCUUGAACUUAAAGAGAGGGAAGUUGAAUUGAAAGAGAAACAAGUAGAGUCAAAAAUGGAGGAAUUUAAAAAAUGGGUUGAAGAACGCGGAAAGGAAUUGAAUUCACUUUCCUCGGAACUUAAAGUUAAAGAGGGGCAACUUCAACAGGAGGCCAAAGAUCUUGAGUUGGCAAAGAAACAAUGUGGUGUUGUUGCUCAAGUGAACAAUGCCAUUGUUCCUUCAUCAGCAAGUGAUCAAUCAAACAUCAAUUUUACUGAUGGAAGAAAUUUGCAGCAGUUCAUGUAUGAGCAUAUGAAGAGAAAUGAUUCAAUGAGCAACAAAAUCUCUUCUAUUCUUCAACAAGAGUCAUCAGAACCAGGAAAACUGGUUUUGGAUGCAAUGCAAGGGUUUUACCCUUCAAACACGACCGUCGAGAACAACGAGUUUGAUUUGGUGCUUAUUAGAAGGACAUGCAUUCUUUUGUUAGAAGAAUUAAAGAGAGCCUCGCCCCAAAUUAAUCCGGAGUUGAUAGAAGAAGCAAUGAAGUUGGCCAGUGAUUGGAAGGCUAAGAUGAAAGUGGGGAGUGAAAAUUGGUUGGAGAUUUUGGGUUUUUUGCGUCUUGUUACUACCUAUGAAUUGACCUCUGCUUAUGAUAGGAAGGAGCUCCAAAGUCUUUUUCACGUAGUUGCUCAGCAUGAACAAGCAAUGGAAUUAUUCCGGGCCCUUGGUACCACAUAUAAGGCACCUGAUUAUGGCAAGAUUUGUUCCUCUGUAAAAACUGAAAAACCAGAAUCUCAAGUAGCCAAAAAUGAAGCAACUUCUUCAAAUCUUCAGGUCACUGCCACCACUACUGAUGCAACGCAUUUGCAGGGUCUUCAAAAUGAGCAGUUUCGUGGUAUUAUUUAUGAUCUUAUAAAAAAGAAGCGACUGAUGGACGCUGCUGGAUUGAUUUACACCUUGAAGUUAUUUGACGAGUUUCCCCCAGUACAAGUCUUGAAAGAAUAUGUUGAUAAGGGUAAUAAGUGCUGCAGGAAUAGAACCAAGAGAAAGAAAUUGCUGGAUGAAAAGGAUAAGAUUACAGACCAGCAUAUAGCAGAUUUACGAGUUGUUAUUCAAUGUAUCAAAGCUUACAACCUCGAGUCUGAAUACCCACCAGAGGAAAUUGAAUCACAAAUAGCUCUGCUUGAAAGGUCUAAGAAGCAGAGACGCGUAGCGUCAUCAUCUCUUGUUUUAGAGGUUGAACAACAACAGCAAACGUCGCUGAAAAUUGUUGAAUUUCAAGAACAACAAGAACUGCAGAAAACCUCCAAUGCUAAACUACAACAAAAGGCAGAUCAGAAAGCCUCCAAGGUUGAACAACAAGAACAGCAACAAGAGCAGAAAACAUCCAAGGGUAAACUGCAAGAAAAAGUGGAGCAGAAAGCCUCCGAUAAGGUUGAAAGCCAACAACAGGUACAGGAGAAGAUAGCCUCCAAGAUCGAACAAUUGCUACGAGAGCAGAAAACCCUCAAGGCUAGACUACAAGAGAAAGUAGAGCAGAAAGCCUGCAAUAAGGUUGAAAAACGAAAACAGCUACAAGAGCAGAAAGCCUCCGAGUAUGAACAACAAGAACAGCAGAAAACCUCCAAGGCUAAACUGGAAGAAAAAGUAGAGCAGAAAGCCUCUGAUAAGGUUGAAGAACAACAACAAAAGCAAGAGCAGAACACCUCCAAGGCUACACUACAAGAAAAAGUAGAGCAGAAAGCCUCCAACCAGGUUGAAGAACAACAACAGCAACAAGAGCAUCAGAACGCCUCCAAGGUUAAACCGCAAGAACAACCAAAGCAGAAAAAGGGCAAUAAACGUUCGCACAUCACAUUUGCUACCAGGUUUGACCACCAACAGCAGCUUCAAAAUAAAUCUCAAAGAACAUCUGUAGUAGCUAAUAGACCGAUCAGAUUGCACCAAGACCAUCCUGACUAUCCAAAUUCAAGUUCAUCAACUUGGCCACAUGAAAGAUAUGGAUACCAUGGACAGUUUGGUACUCCUUUCAACAACUAUCAUGUUCAUGCUAACUACGGACAUCCUGUGCAGUUUGGAAUUCCUAUCAGUCGUAGAGCUAAUUAUGGAUAUGGUGGACAUAAUCCCGGAUUAAAUCAGUCGUAUCCCUACCUUCCUCGACAUCCUCCUCGCUAA